AUGCAGAGACGAACAAACAAUAUAGAUUAUCAAAAUUUCGUCCACCAGACUCCAAAACAUAAUGAAUACCAAGUACUGGAAGAAAUAGGUAGAGGGUCAUUUGGCUCAGUUAGAAAAGUUAUUCAUAUACCGACUAAAAAACUGAUGGUUCGUAAAGAUAUCAAGUAUGGUCACAUGAAUAGUAAGGAAAGACAACAACUUAUUGCAGAAUGUGCCAUUUUAUCACAAUUGAAACAGGAGAAUAUUGUAGAGUUUUAUAACUGGGACUUUGAUGAACAAAAAGAAGUUUUAUAUUUAUAUAUGGAAUAUUGCUCAAGAGGUGAUCUUUCUAAGAUGAUCAAACAUUAUAAACAAGAUCAUAAAUAUACUCCAGAAAAAAUUGUUUGGGGGAUAUUAGCUCAAAUAUUAAUGGCUUUGUACAAAUGUCACUAUGGUGAAGACUUGCCAUCUUUAGUAUCAAUAUAUGAUAGAAUGAGACCACCAGGUAAAGGUAAAAAUAUUGUUAUUCAUCGUGAUUUGAAACCUGGUAAUAUAUUUUUAAGUUCCCAUGAUGGAAACAAUGAAUCAGGAGGGAAAGCUACUGUUGAUUAUAGUGAAGUUAUUGUUAAAUUAGGUGACUUUGGCUUAGCUAAGUCUCUUGAAACUUCUAUUCAGUUUGCCACCACUUAUGUAGGUACUCCAUAUUAUAUGUCACCGGAGGUCUUAAUGGAUCAACCAUAUUCUCCAUUAAGUGAUAUAUGGUCAUUAGGGUGUGUGAUUUACGAGAUAUGUUCUCUGCAUCCGCCUUUUCAGGCAAAAAACUAUACUGAACUUCAAAAUAAAAUAAAAGCAGGAAAAUUUGAUAGAAUACCUGAUUAUUAUUCUAAUGGGUUGAAUGCAAUCAUUCAUUCUAUGAUUGAUAUUAAUUUAAAAACUAGACCAUCAACAUUUGAAUUAUUACAGGAUAUACAGAUUAGAACAGCCAGAAAAUCAUUGCAACUGGAAAGAUUCGAAAAAAAUUUAUUAGACUAUGAAAAGGAAUUGGUUAAUAUAGAGAAAUUACUAGAGAAACAAGCUGUGGACUAUGAAAGAGAGGUUCAUAGAUUAAAAGAGCAUUUUGAAAUUGCAUUAGAACAAGGCAUACGUGAUGCAAUGGAUGGGAAAAAGAUGUCUAAAGUUCCAGACUCUAUUCAAGGAUAUUACGGAAAGACAUUGUCGAAACCUGCAUUUAACUGGGAAACUAGAUAUCAAUAA